AUGCGUCUCCGAGUCGAUGAUCAUCAAGCCAAGAGAUGGGCGUGUGACGUGAUGUCACACACUUUCUUGACUCUUGCGACCACUGCCCGCCUCCCCGCCUCGUUGCCGGUCGCCCUCCUUCGCCUCAAAUGCAUCAAAAUCGAAGUAGAAGGGAACAUGGAAUGCAUUCUGGGCCCUAGCCGAACCGUCCCCAAACAGCCUACUCCCCUUCCCCUCCCGAUCGCGUACGCGUAUAUGACCGCCGACCUCGUCCCUCACGUCAAUAUGGACACGAUCGGCCUCCCGCCUAGGGCAGCCGCCGUCUCGUGUGCGCGAUGCCUCGACGGCGCCCACGCAUGCAACUCUGCACGACGUGUCGCCAUCAGUGUCAUCGGUGUCAGCGACGACGCGCGCGAUGCCUCGCGCAACAUCGGCCGCGAGGGGCUGAGACGUCCGUCGCUGCGGAGAUGAUCAGCAGGGAUCGCUGUUUGGACUGGGGAAACAACGGCGACAUCGG